UUGACAUUUACGAACGCUUAGAUCCAACUUGGGUCAAUCAUCAGAUAAACCGAGAUAAACUUUUAAAUUGUGACUUCUAAAAAGUGUUAAAAGCUUUGUCUGGUCUCCGGUCUUGUUUAUGCAAGUGGUUUUCUUUGAAUUCAUAUUUUUUCGGUUUUCUUCAAAAAGUAAAAAUGGAUAAAAUGUUACUGCUUUUUAUUCAAGACCAAAUUUUUAACGAUGAAGAUGAUGACGACGAUCAAAUGGUUUUGCUAACUGAGGGCCUUUUAGUCUCAAAGGAGAAAAGGCUUCGGAUUUCUAAUUAUUAUGAGGAAACCAUACCAAAAUACAUGGACGACGAUUUCAAAGCUCAUUUCCGCAUAAAAAGGUCAACCGUAGAAGUUUUAUUGUGUAGUUUGGGGCCUCAUUUUACUCGGCAAUCUGGGAGGCCCCAGUUACCAUUAAAGAAACAAUUGUUACUUUCUAUCUGGUAUUUAAGUAACCAGGAGGUUUUUAGGUCUAUUUCUGAUCGUUUCGAUGUAUCAAAAAGCACAGCAUAUGAAUGUAUUGGCAGAUUCUUAAAUGCAGUAAUGGCUAUAGCUAAUGAAUUUAUCAAGUGGCCUAGUCAUGCAGAAGCCCAAAGAACUAGUUUACAUUUCAGGGAGCAGAAUGGGUUUCCUGACAUAAUUGGCUGCAUUGAUGGCAGUCAUGUUCCCAUUGCAAAACCUAAAAAUAAGCCUGACUCAUACAUAAACAGAAAGGGCUACCACUCUAUAAUUUUACAAGGAAUCUGUAAUGAAAAAUAUGAAUUUAUAGAUGUUUCUUGUGGUUGGCCAGGUAGUAUGCAUGACGCCAGAGUCUUGAGGAAGUCAGACUUUGGUAUAAAAAUGACAGAAAAUCCUGCAGCAUUAUUUUAUGGAAAUUUCCAUCUACUAGGGGAUUCAGCUUAUCCUCUUAAUAAUUAUAUUUUAACACCAUUUAGGGAUAAUGGACACCUAAGUGCAAGGCAAAAAAAAAUUAAUAAAAAGUUAUCAUCUAUCAGAAUAAUCAUAGAACAUGUUUAUGGUAUGCUAAAAUCAAGGUUUAGAAUUUUAAAGUAUGUUAACAGGUAUUUAACAGUGGACAUACCAAAGCUUACUUUGGUGUGCUGUAUACUUCAUAAUGUUUGUAUGAAGCAGAAUGACAAUGUAGAAUUAGAAGAUAAUUUAGAACCAACAGUCAUUGAAGAAGACAAUUAUUAUGGGGAAGAACAGGAUCAUGUAAGAGAAGCAAAAAGAAAUUACAUUUCUACUAUUCUGUAAUUCAAAUUUUUUUGUUGUACUAAAUUACUAUAAUGUAUAUUAUUAUAUCUUGUAUUUUUAAAAUUCACUUGGUUAUUUUCUUGGCAAUUUAAUGUUCACAAAUAAUAAUGUGCUUUGUUAAAUUUCUGUUUAAAAGUGCCUGUUUAUAAAAGUAAAGGUUGUACACUAUAUUGGUGUGAAUAAUGUUUUUGAUAAAAAUACAGGUGCACUUA